AUUUAUUGUUUAGUUCCAGUUUGUUUCAUGUCAAAAAGUCUUUUUUUGAUGCAGUCAAAUGAAAGGAUGUUAAUUUUCCCUAUUAAAGCUGCAAUGUUCUGAUUUUAUCUCGUAAUCAAAAUUAAAUAUCAACUUUUUUACACUGCGUAAAAAAUGGAGUGUAAAAUACAAUGUAUGGGAGCUGACGUCCCAGAGGAAGUAACCAUACCAGAGGGUAAAGUUGAAUCAGUUUGCAGAGAAUGGCUAGUAAGAGAAGAUGGUGUGUUAGCCUAUAAACUUCAAAGUGAAGAAAUAGAACAUCAUUAUGGUCACAAUAAAGAAAGGAGUCAAUUAUUACGCUCUGAUUUUCAAGAAGCUCAAACCGCACAAAAAUUUGAAGAGGAAGAAGCUGUUGCAAUGCAUUUGGCAUAUGAAAAAAUGCUAAAAGAACAGGAGGACCAUGAUGCCCUUAUUGCAAAGCAACUCCAGGACAAAAUUUUGCUUGAAGAUCUUGUGCAGCAGAAAAAAAUUGAAGAGGAAGAUCAGAAAAUCGCACUAGAGCUACAACGUAAGGAGAAAUUGCGUCUUCAGCGCAAACGGGAGGAAAAAGAAUUGAAACAAGCUGAGAGGGCAAGAAUGGAACUUUCAUUAGCUACAACCUCUGGCCCUAUCAAGACUAUGGAGGAUAGCGCCACCAGUCCAUUAGAUAAAGAUGUAUCAUUAUUGUCAGCUGAACCUCCUGAUGAUUUGACACCUGAUCAGUUUCAGAAAUUUAUUCAUUCUAGAGAUGCUGAGCUGGCUCGAUUACUCCAAGAACAAGAAAUGAAGUCACCUGGAGGAAGUAAGCAAGAUCAGCAGUUAGCCAUUGAAGCUCAAGACAGAGAAUUAGCUAAAGUUCUCCAAGAACAAGAAAGGCUCAGAGCUAAAAAAGCUAGAGAGAGAGCCAGACAGAAAGCAGCUGUUGGAUAUCAACCUGAAAUGACACGCCCUCUAGGUCUACAAGGACACAUGCCUGAUGCACCGAGUCGAGAAACAUGUACAAAAGAAAGAUUGUCUAGUCCUGAUUGGAGUCCAGUUGAUGGCUGUAAUUUUCCUGGGAGUUCUGUAAAUAAUAUUGCUGCAGCUAUUGAUCCAACAUACAAUGGUGGUAACCAAUCUUCAUAUGUUUUAUCCCCUCAUAAUUUUUCAAGCAAUUCUCCACUGUCUAAUGAUGUACCCCCUUAUAGUCCGAGCAGCAGUGUCUCUGACAGCUAUUUAAUGAAUGAGGAAGACAGUGAACCUGCUCCUCCUUAUAUGCCUAUUCAAGGUACGCGUAGGACCACAUCUUUAGAAAAGAAAAAAUCAAAGAAACCAAAAGACGGAUGUAAAACUCAAUGAUGACAAACUUAUAAACUUUUCAUAGAUUCAUAUACAUAGUAAAUGUUAUUAACCACUUCGUAAUCAAUGCAAGCUGUACUUGUGUACAAAUGUUUAGGACAACAGUUUCCUUGCUGGCUUAUAGGAUAACUGAGCACAGUCUUGUUAAACCUCUUUAAAUAGUGCUACCUUUGAUGAUGCCUUUUUCAGCCUGAAUAUUCGUAAUUAAUGCAAGUAGUUCUCAUGUACUAAAGUUUAGGACUGCCAUUUCUGUGCAGAUUUGUAGAACAAUUGAGCACAAUCUUUGAUUUAUAUCUUAAAAUAGUGCUCAUUUUGAUAUCUUUUUCAGCCAGAGUAUUCAUAUUCAAUGCGAGCUAUUCUCGUGUGCGAAAGUUUAGGACCACCAUUUCCUUGCAGAUUUAUAGGAUAACUCAGCAUAAAUUUUGGUUAUGUAUAUCUUAAAAUAGUACUUUCUUUGUUUAUGCCUUUUUCAUCUAGAGUAUUUAUAAUCAAUGCAAGCUAUUCUCGUGUGCAAAUGUUUAGGACCACCGUUUCAUUGCAUGUUAAUAGUGUAAAUGAGCACAAUCUUUUAUUAAUCAUCAUAAAAUUGUGUUCCUUUUUGAUUUUGCAUUUUUCAGAGUAUGUUUAAUCUUGUAUGAGGUAGUUGGAUAAUGUACAAUGGAUAACAGAGGAUCAUAUGCUACUGUUUUUCUUGGGUAAUGCAACAGCUCCUAUUCAGAUCUGUAUAUGUUCCAAAUUUUUUUAAUUUACUGGCAGCUUGAGGAAACUGUCUUGAUCAUGUGCAAAUCUUAAUUCUUUUUAAAAAAAUCAAUUAAACUAAUUAUAUAUAUCUCUAUACAAGGACCCUAUUU